GGAGGAGGGGGGGAGGGAAAACACUAAAGGGGGUAGCUAUGGAGAUAGAACGUUUUCCUGGCUGCUUUCUUUGACAGGUGUUGAGUGGGGUAAAAGUCUUAAAACAGAAUCCAGCAUGUACGCCAAAGGUAAAGGAGCUGUCGUCCCUUCUGAUAGUCAAGCGAGAGAAAAGUUAGCUUUAUACGUGUAUGAGUACUUGCUACAUGUUGGCGCACAGAAAUCGGCACAGACCUUCCUGUCAGAGAUCCGAUGGGAGAAGAAUAUCACAUUAGGAGAGCCUCCUGGAUUCCUGCACUCAUGGUGGUGUGUAUUCUGGGAUCUGUACUGUGCAGCUCCAGAUCGACGGGAGACAUGUGAACAUUCCAGUGAGGCCAAGGCUUUCCACGACUAUAGUGCGGCAGCAGCUCCCAGUCCUGUGAUGGGCAACAUGCCGCCCAACGACGGCAUGCCAGGUGGACCCAUGCCUCCCGGCUUCUUUCAAGGCCCACCCGGGUCACAACCAUCACCACACUCACAGCCCCCUCCACACAACCCCAACAACCCCAUGAUGGGGCCCCACGGCCAGCCGUUCAUGUCUCCACGGUACCCAGGUGGACCCCGCCCAUCACUCCGCAUGCCAAAUCAGCCUCCUGUUGGAGUCCCAGGGUCACAGCCGCUCCUGCCAAACAGUUUGGACCCCACCAGACCGCAAGGACAUCCAAACAUGGGCGGCCCGAUGAGAAUGAACCCACCCAGAGGAAUGGGAGGCAUGGGCCCACAGAACUACGGCGGUGGAAUGAGGCCUCCUCCAAACUCUCUCGGCGGUCCAGGAAUGCCUGGCAUGAACAUGGGUCCGGGAGGUCGAGGGCCUUGGCCUAACCCUAACGCAAACUCAAUAGCAUACUCGUCUUCAUCACCAGGAAACUAUGUGGGGCCUCCAGGAGGUGGCGGACCUCCAGGAACUCCCAUCAUGCCAAGCCCAGGAGACUCGACAAAUUCCAGUGAAAACAUUUACACGAUGAUGAAUCCAAUCGGCCCUGGUGGCAACAGACCGAACUUCCCAAUGGGGCCGGGGCCCGACGGGCCGAUGGGUGGAAUGGGAUCGAUGGAGCCGCACCAUAUGAACGGGUCUUUAGGCUCGGGUGAUAUGGAUGGGUUGCCAAAGAACUCUCCGAACAACAUGGCAGGUAUGAACAAUCCCCCAGGAACUCCGCGGGACGACGGGGAGAUGGCAGGCAACUUCUUAAACCCAUUCCAAAGUGAAAGUUAUUCACCCAACAUGACGAUGAGUGUGUGAUUUUUCUUUUUUAUUUUGUUGAUUUUAUUUUAUUUUUUUAACCCGUCCCCCAUCCCACUUCCCGUUUUCCUCGUCUCUGCUGCGUUCGGCAUGUUGUUGUUUUUUUUUUUUUUUCUUUUUUUUUUUUUUUUCGCUCGAUGACUUCAACUCCCCACAUCUCCCUCAAACGCUCUGGGCUGGCGCGGUGGCGCCCUUCAGCCGCUCGGUGUGGCCACGGAGCGAAGGACGCCCAGUACAAAGCCGAAAGAAAGCAGGCAUCGGGCCUUCUGACGGACUCAAGCUGCCUGCCGGGCUUCGUCACUGGAUCGGGACGCUAAGGGCCCCCGAUUGACCACCGUGUGUGUGUUUGUACAUGUGCGUGCGUGUGUGGGACUGUGCCAGGAAGACAUAACUAGCUGCUCAUCAGCGUUGAGGCUGGUGGCUUUAUUUCAGCCCCGUUUUCUCGUUUUUGUUUUCGUCUUUCGUCGGCAAUGAAACACUGAAACCUGCAGUUGUUUUGAUUGCUGUGUACAUUUUAAAAUGGAAAAAGCUAAACUGGUGACGCUAGGGGCAGGAAUGGUCUCAUUACAAUAUAUUUGUAUAUUAUUGAUAAUAUUAUUGUUAUAAUUUUCAUAAUUGCUAUGAUGAUGAUGAUGAUGUACUCAUAAUUUUAUGGAUUUUCCUGUAAAGGGCACAUUUGUAUCUCAACAACAUCAAUGACAGAAUAAGCACACAUUCAAAUGCACAAUGACACUUCUGUUUACAUGAUUUUAGGUAUUUGUUUGUCUCUUCGUUUGAGUUUGUUUCGUCAGAUGUCUGCAUAUACCUCUUCCUGUGUUCUGAUGUCAUCGCUACCGAGAUGUACAACCUCAGUUUUUGUGUCUCUGUCAACAAAGUGGCUACAAUCACUGGUUUAAUGCACCUGUCGGCACUGUAUUUAAAGAUUGGAGUACAUUUCGAAGUCUAAAAGGGUGACGUUUGCAUUUUCACUGCCAUCCAUUCUUGCCUUGGUCAAUAACACAGUACAUUUUACCAUCCAUUCUAGAUGAUUUGCCGCCGAUAGUUGCGAUAUCAUUCGUGUUCAUUGUAAUUUUGCCACUACGUGUUUGCCACGUUGUUUUGCAAGUCUUUUUAGAAAUAUUAUACCCACGUGUUUGUAACGGUAGUUGGAGGCAGGCUGCUCUUACAAGCACGAGUUUCCUUGUGCUCUAUAGUCCCAUGUCUGUAAAUAUAUCUUUUUUUUUUUUUUUUUUUUUUUUUUUGUUUGUUUUUUUGGUCAUGGACCUUAUUGGUAUUUUCAAUACACUACUUGUCUGUGAAGCUCA